CAGAGUGCUCUCUGUCUCUCUUCGUCUCAAAAAAAGAGUGCUCUCUCUCGCUCGCUCGUUAGGCCUUGUUGCACGCCCAAUUGCCGCAAAGGCACAAAAUCUCUUGUUCCAGGGGCAGGAUCUCUUUUCGAAAACCAACCAGUAAACAACUCCUCUCGGUUGUCUCUUUAACCGAAGAGGAGAGGAGCGAGAGGGAGGCGGGGGAGUACAGAGUAGCAUGAGGCUCGCGACACCUCCAUUGCCGUUUCUGUGCUCUUCCAUCUUGGUCUUUCUGCUGCUGACCUUGUGCUCGUCGUCGGCCAAUGGGAGGGCCGCGCCUUCUUCUCCGGGUCCGUCGCCUGUCGCCAAGCACAUUCACGCCGCCGCCGCCAAUGGGACAGCCUCGUUCUCUUCGGCGGUGCCGGCGCCGCCUCCCGUUGUGAUUAUAGUGGAGAGGCGGCACCAUUUCCACCGUGAGCUCGUCAUCGCCUCCGUCCUCGCCUCCAUCGCCAUCGUCGCGAUCAUCCUCUCCACGCUCUAUGCGUGGGUCCUGUGGCGGCGAUCUCGCCGCCUGCCCGGCGGCAAGGGCGCCAGGAGCUCAGUCGCCUACAUUGCAGACACUGCAAGGGGAAUCAUGCUAACGCCGAUCUUGACCAAAUUCAACUCACUGAAGACGAGCAGGAAAGGGCUUGUGGCGAUGAUCGACUACCCGUCGCUGGAGGCGUCGACAGGGAAGUUCAGUGAGAGCAAUGUGCUCGGUGUUGGCGGGUUUGGUUGCGUCUACAAGGCGGUGUUCGACGGGGGAGUUACCGCGGCGGUGAAGAGGCUGGAAGGCGGUGGGCCGGAGUGCGAGAAGGAAUUCGAGAAUGAGCUGGAUUUGCUUGGCAAGAUUCGGCACCCCAACAUAGUGUCCCUUCUGGGCUUCUGUGUGAACGAGGGGAAUCACUACAUUGUUUAUGAGCUGAUGGAGAAGGGAUCCCUGGAAACACAGCUGCACGGGCCUUCGCAUGGAUCAGCUCUGAGCUGGCACAUCCGGAUGAAGAUUGCGCUCGACAUGGCGAGGGGAUUGGAGUAUCUUCAUGAGCACUGCAGUCCACCGGUGAUCCAUAGGGAUCUGAAGUCAUCUAACAUACUUUUAGAUUCAGAAUUCAAUGCUAAGAUUUCAGAUUUUGGUCUUGCAGUGACCAGUGGGAAUCUUGACAAGGGAAGUAUGAAGCUUUCUGGGACCUUGGGUUAUGUGGCUCCUGAAUACUUGUUAGAUGGGAAGCUGACUGAGAAGAGCGAUGUAUACGCAUUUGGAGUAGUGCUUCUUGAGCUGCUAAUGGGAAGGAAGCCUGUUGAGAAGAUGAGUCAAAAUCAGUGUCAAUCAAUUGUGACAUGGGCCAUGCCCCAGCUGACUGACAGAUCGAAACUUCCCAACAUUGUUGACCCAGUGAUCAGGGACACGAUGGAUCCAAAGCACUUGUACCAAGUUGCGGCUGUGGCUGUUCUAUGCGUGCAAUCAGAACCGAGUUACAGACCGCUGAUAACCGAUGUUCUCCACUCUCUUGUUCCUCUAGUGCCCGUGGAGCUUGGAGGGACACUACGGGUUGCAGAGCCACCGUCCCCAAACUAAAACCAUUCUCCUCGUUGAGAUGCGACCGGUUGGAGCAGAGCAACUUGGGCUGCUGAACUUGGGUUGCUGUUUAUCGUGUAACUUAUCGCCGUAGCUGCGUGUUUGAGGAUGACAGUUCCAACCUGCUUCUUGUUGGUUGGAUUGCGAGAGAAUCUUGGUUUGGAAAAGAGUUGUCUCCUACUAUCCUAUAUAUUUGCUUGUACAAGGAUGUGAAAGAAACAACACUUCCUUUUCUUUAGAACUUAGGGUCCUUCUGUACAGAUCGAAGUUUAUCCAAACACUGUAACUCAAAAAGCAUUUGAUGAAGUAGUGCUUUGGGCUCCACAUGAGUACCAGAGCACUUUGGUUUGCUGCAUUAUGUUGCAUGUUAUCGUACUUCGAUGGAACUGAAAUGUGUUUAGGUUAUUUAGUCCGUAUUUUUCUCGCUACAGCCGUUUCAUGUUCC